GCGAAACAGGGGAGAAUAGGGUAGAUAAAUCGAUUCAAGCUUCUCUGCUGCUCAUAAGAGAGUAACAAUGGCUGCUGCUUCAGAAGAAGUAGUGAAGGAUGUUGGAAAAGCAAUUGUUGAGGAGCCUGUUGGUGAAAAGAGAGAAAGAGGAGAGGAGGCUGAAACAUUGGCGCCAUGGGAGCAACACGCUAACAUCAUAAGCAUCCCACGGUUUGAUUACACAGCUCCUUCUUCUCUGCUUCAUCAUUCUCAUUCCGGCUUCCUCGUCACUUGCAGCAUCAAAAGGGAGAAAAGUGCUACCAAAGAGGUCAUGUCCAUCCUUGGAAAGGUGUUAUUGCCUAUAGGUGAGGAGAAAGCUGAAGUUUUGAAGUCUUCUGAUACUAAAAGACAAAAAAUUUGUGGACAAGAGACAGGAGAAGACGAAGGGAAGACCACCUUGCAGGAAACAGGUGAAAAUCCAAGUGUUGAGGAUCUCAAAUCGGUUAAAGAGAGUGUUAGUGAAGAACAUAAGUCCAUCAUGUCAUUGGUUAAGCUGACAAAGAGUGGCUUGCUUCUCUUUACUUUCCCUGUUGAGAAGUCUAUGGAUACUACAGAUAUUGUGUCGAGAAUCUUCCAGUGUAUGGAAUCUGGAGCUCUCAAGGCACCAGUCUGGUGCCAUCGGAUAUUCCCUGUACAAGCUACUUGUGCUUUGACAGAGAAAGAACUUCAGGAAACAGUAUCAAAGCUUGUUCAGCGGUUUGUAAAUGAUAAACAAAAUACACUAUCCAAACCUGUGAAGUUUGCAGCUGGGUAUAAUCGAAGAGGUGUGGAGGAGACAAAAGGAAAGGUUCAGAAAGCAUCAGAGGUUCUAGAUCAAUGUCCUUUGCUGGACCGCACUAAAUGCUUUGAAACUGUUGCGGCCGGAGUGAAAGCCGUUGUACCAGAUUCAGUUGUGGAUCUUAAAUCUCCAGAGUUAUGUGUUCUGGUGGAACUCUUACCGCUCUCUAGAAUACCAAAUGGCUCCUAUGUAGCUGCUGUUUCAGUGCUUCCACAUAGGCUAGUCAGCACAAAGCCUAAACUCGUGAUCAAGCCUCUAGUUGCAGAGACCAAACAGAAGAAGGGACAAAACUGAUGAGUGACAUGUCAUAACAGCAAUUGAGUUUUUAUAGAGCUUUAAAAGAUCAGUUGAAGUCGUAUCUAUCUGUUUUCGUUUAGCUAUGUCUUUUGCUUUCAAUGUCUCUCAUGGCAUUAACAAGUUUGAUGAGCAAUGUUGUGUACUUACAAAAGAUCAGUUGAUGGUGUUUGACUUAGAAAAGAAAUUCUGUUUGAUUGGAUACUGAUUUUAUAUUCAUAUUCCGG